AUGUCACGUGGAGAGCCAUCAAAACUCCAGAUCAUGAAAUAUGGCGCCAUUACAGGCGGAAUGGUUGGGAUGUGUUUGGGACUGAUUUCUGGCACACUUUCAAUAAUUCGUAUUUGUCUAAUUCUGUUGAUGAUGUAUUUCUUCCCAUAUCAUAUAAGCAACGGUCCUGGUCCCCGUGGCGCAUUACACACACUAGGACGAACCGUGUUAACUUUAACAGGAUCAUUCGCUCUGUUCUUGUCCAUUGGCGCUGUAAUUCGAAGUGAAGGACGAAUGAUCAAUACAACCGCCAACGGAAUUAACAACAGUGCGAUUAGAAACGACCAGCGAGAAUGGAGGAGGAUACAGAUCGAAGUCAAGGAAACCCCACGAGAUCAGGAGAUCAAGAAAAAGAGUUUAUUAGACAUGCUUGCAGAAAGUGGAAAAGUGAAUUGGUAG